AAUUGUAUUACGUUUUUUGUUGUUAGUCACUGAUUCAUUAGCAAAAUUUAUUUAAUUAGUAAAACACGUUUUAAAGUGUCAAAAUUUAGAGUGCAUUUUAUACGCUUGAGCGAGUACGACAAAAAAAAAGGCGGCAUCGUAUGCUUAUUAAAAUUGUUUACAUUUUUGAAGAAAGAGUAUCAACAGCAGCAAUCAUUAUUUGCUAAAUAUUAUUUAUUUUAAAAAGGAAAUGUGUGAAAAUGGCAGUUCGACAUGAUGGUGAAACGUACAAUGGAAAUCCAGAUUUGCGCGAUUUAGCAAACGUUCCUGUAAGAGAUUUCGAAAAACAUUUUCGAGAAUGGAUGGACAGAGACGAAAUAGCACGGGAAUUGCAGGCAAAACUACGUGCUGACCUUAUAAUAAAUUUUAACAAAACUACACUGGGCAAACGUAUACUCUGUCAUGUGAAAAAUACCGGAUCAAAACAUUUACUUACUCUGUCUCCUCUAAUCCUCGGACUUAACACAUUAGUUGCUGAAUUUCUUUAUGCUCACAAUUGUCAUUUUACACUUUCGGUAUUUUGCACUGAAGUCCCCUAUCGAAAUGUAUUACCAGAUUUUGAGGGUAUGCGUUAUUUUCGUUUUGAUCAAACAGAAAUACUGGAUAUUAUAGGUGCUAUAUCCAGUAAUAGAAAAUGUCAAGAAAUUUUAAGUAAUCAUAUACCAAAAGUGUAUAGAAAUGAAGAAAAUGUUUCGUUACUCUUUUUAAUACUAAAGAAUCUUAUUGAUUACACAAAGGAAGAAUCAACUGGAGUGCAUGGUGAUUGCAAUUCCUAUCGAAGCUAUAAUAAUCUUGAAGUGCAAGAACAAGAGCUACGUCGUAGCUUAAAAUCCGAUAUAUAUACUAAAAACUUUAAAUUAUUCAAUGAAUUUCUGGGGACGCUUACAAACAAAGUCAAGGAUAUGAUGCAACAAUUCGAGAACUUCAGUCGGAGACUAAUGCAUAAAUUACAAAUUAGCACAAGUGCUAGAAUUAAUAAUGCUGAAGAGCUUAGUUUGAAUUUGGAACAGAUAGUUGGACAACUUAAAGCAGUAGCUAGUAGUCAUACUAAGAGUAGUCAUGUUGACGGAUUACGAAACGCAAUUGAAGCAUUGGGAGAACAAUUCACGAAGUGCGUUAAGAGUUUCGAUAAUAUUGUGAAAGCAGUAAUUUUAAGCGAAGAACUAGAGAGAGAGCGUGAUUUAUUGAAAGGUAAAGAGCGGGAAAUCGAAUUGGAGAAGGAGCAUGAAAAAGAGUGUGAAAAAGUGCUUAUGACAGAACGAGAAAGAGAGCGUCAGAAAGAACGUGAAAGCGAGCGUGAGAAAGAACGCGAAAAGGAACGUGAGAAAGAACGGGAAAGAGAGCGUGAGAGGGAACGUGAAAGGGAGCGCGAGAAAGAACUUGAAAAUGUGCGUGAGAGAGAACGUGAAAGGGAGCGUGAGAAAGAACGUGAAAGUGAGCGUGAGAGAGUACGUGAGAGAGAGCGGCAAUGUGAAAAGGAACGUGAAAGAGCGCGCGUUAGCGAGCUUGAGAAAGAAAGGCUAAUAAAUCGAAUGAAAGAAUGGGAGAAAGAGCGUGAGAAGGAAAAAAUAAUUCAACAAUCAACUGUUCAAAGACCUGUUGAGCAGAGAUGCGCGAGUGCACAAACUGAAUUUGUUGAACCUGUCAAGACCUAUUUGGAUUGGGUAAAUGAAAUGCGUAAUACACUUAAUGGGCAAAAAUUUUUGGAAAAGGUUGAAAUCUCUCUGAAUAAAGCCUUAGAAAAACAAAAGAAUGAAAUGUAUCAUGAAACGCAAAUUAAAUUACGCCAUCAAAAAGAACUUCUGAAAAUUAAAUAUAGACAAAAAAUUUUGCAGCAUGCCCAAUCGGCACGACCAUCCUCUACGGAUACUUCUCUGGAGAAAGUAAAAAUGAGUGAGGAGUUUGCUAAUCAUUUAGCUCAAUUUGAAGAUAAACAAUUAAAAAUUCUAACAAAACUGCAGGAACAAAAUUUGGAAUCAAAGAAUUUAUUAUUCAAAGAAGUUAAAGACAUGCAUGAAGCCGAAAAAAAGAAAAAGGAGUUGGAAUUGAAAAAUAUAGCACAAGCAAGUUCACAGCUAUCCGAAGAAUAUCCUUCGAUUCCAGAAGUGCAGCAGAUAGUCCAAAACCAACAAGAAUCAAGGGCAGUACCUUUGCGGUCGCAACAUAUACAGCAAAAAAAUGAAAAUAUAGAACUCAGAAGACGAAAAGUUGAAGAAUCUAAUAAAAUAAUUGCAACCCAUAAAAUGUUUUAUGACAUUGCCAAAGAAAUAAAUGAACGUGAACGGAACGUAGAUCAUAUAGUGUUUGAUGCAAAAUUACGUAUGCAAGAAAUAGAGAAUGAAAGUAACCAAAUAGAGAAGAAUUUUCUUGAUUAUAUGGAACGUCAGCGGCAACAAAACGAUGCGGAAAGUAAUGUUAUCAAAGAAUUUUGGAAAAAUUAUUCAGAAGACCGUGAAAAACUACAAAAAAAAUGGGUUGAUUUGACGAAAGAAAAUGUGAACCAUAAAAUUCAAAAAUCAAAAGUCCAUACAAGACCCAGAAAAAGUAAAGAAACUGCCGCUGAACUAAAGUUGGAGGUUCUACCCGAAACCAAACAUGUGUUGGAUAAAAUAUCGAGCAGCAGAACUGAAUCUUCCACCACUUCCACUAGUGAAAGUCUACCAAAAAAUGGAGUGAAGACUACAAAGUAUAAAAACGCCAUACAGGAAGCGAAAGAAAAAUUUUUCGAUGAUGAACGCAAAUAUCGGGAGAAAGCGGAAAAAUUAUAUUCCAGACCGAAAAUGAAUUUAAAUGAAAUUACAAGUAUAUUUAGCAGUGAAGAGAAAACUAGUAGUAACGAUAUUCUUAUCAAUACUGGUACACAUCCUAUUUUUCAUAGUACAGUGAUCACUGAUGAGAAUAAGCAAAAUACACUAUCAGACAUCGACAUAAAUAAUAGAGGAGACUUCUUGAAUUUAUUUAAAAAGCCUAAAAGUCGCAAUAAAACUUUUAUUAAUGAAAAAAAGAAUGAACAUAUUUUAAUCCCAACUUCAAGUACUGAAGGUCUAACAUCAUCGAACGUAACAAUACCAACUGGAGCUGAUAGCAUCUCCACAACAAGUUCUACUUCUUCCAUUGCUUCAGGAACAACUUCAAAGCAAAGUGGCGAUGGCAAACAAAGUUCAGGGCUGGAAGUGGUCAAAACGCGUAAUAAAUUCAAACGUUGCCUGUUUCCUGUGGAAUCUAUAACAGCAAAAGCGCUCAAAUCAACAGCAACAGUAGCUUCUGUAGCUGCAACGGCAACAAUGGCAAUAAUGGCAACAACAGCAGCAGCGGCAGUCGAAAAUACAAUAACAACACGGAGCCAUAAAGUUAGCAACAAAAAUGGCGCCAAUGUGAAGGAAGUGAUGCAAAUACAGUUAAAAAACACAAUAAACGGAAAUAAAGAAAGCGCACAACAAAAGCGGCAAGUUAAGUUAAUACAACAAGAGGACGAAAGCAACAACAAUCACUACCACAAUAAUGGCAACAACAUUAAUAUCAGCAGCAACAUCAACGUUAACUGCAACAGCACAGAAAAUCAAUUGCUCGCUGCUGAAAAAGUUGGCAAAAAUAUUAAUGAGAAUAUUGCUGGCAAAAACUCAACCAACGCAAUAACAAUAACAACAACAUCGACUACAACAAGAACAUCGCCAAUACCAGCAAAAAGAGCGACAGUCCCAGUCCCAGUCCCAGUCGCAGUCGCAGUGACAGCUACAGCAGAAACUACAGUUGCAAUGCAAAUGUUGCAGCAAUCAAUGGAAAAAAUGCAACAACUUUUUGCAAAGAAGACAUUAAGCAAAGAAAGAGUAGAACUCACUGAAGUCGUAGCUGAAGAUGUUGAAGGCGAGGUGGAAUUGCCAAACGAAAAAUUACUAAAUGAAAAUGAGUCUGGAAUAGCCUCAUCAGUGCCACAUGCUGUUGGCGAUAUUGGCACUUAUGCUGAGCGCACUGCAUACGAGUAUAAAAAUAUGAAACAAAAUCUGUCCAACGUACAAAUGCCAAAAGUGAUAACAAUCGACGAAAUAGAGGCUGCUGCCAAGCAAGGAGAUUUCAGAGAAGCUCACAAGAUUUUCAAUGCAUAUGUUGCACAGGAUUUAACACAUGUGGUGGAUGUGGAGACUGAGGCUGAGGCAGUAGCGGUGUCCGCGACGAAUUCCAUAGCGGGGAAGAAAAUGAUAGACAAAAUUAUGAUGGAAAUGAAGGCACAGGACUUAACGACUACAGCAGUUGCAGCCAAGGAAAGUGGUAGUAGCGAGGAAGAAGAAAAUAUUAAAUUCGAUAAAAAGAAAAAAAAUAGUGAAGAAGAAAAUUAUGAACAAAAUGAAUUUGGUGAGUUAAGUGAGGAUUCUGAUGAGAAUGUAGAUGAGGUAGCUGAAGUUGAAGAAGUAGGAAUGGAGGAGCAAAGCGAUGAACGUUCCAGUCUUAGUGAUUCUGCAUUUUGGCGGUAACAUCAGGCUAUUUGCAAAGGUGCGAUUUCAUUUCAUUUUAACUACUAUAGCAAAUUAAUGAUUGCAUGAAAAUGGUUUUUGUUAAAAUUUUAUUUAUAAUAUUAAUU